UCAGAAACUGAACAGUCAAAUUUACCAGCAAUGUCAGCUCUACCGAUACAAGUGGUCCAAAGAUUAUACUAGUUUUGGUUCGUUGGCUAAAAAUGCUGCACGAUCGUCCUCGAAUUCGUCGAAAUUCAGCUGGAUCAUAUCUGCUGCACGGGGCACACAGUUUCAACUCCACUGCAGUUUCGUCAGCAGAGGUGACGAUCGAUGGACAUGGAGAUGAGUAGUGGAGCCGUGCCAAAGCUGGAGCAUCCGCCGGCAAGGGAGGCGAGGCGCUGCCGGGUGCUGCUCGUCGCCGGGCUGGUGGCGCUGCCGCUCCUCGCGUUCUUCGUCGUCGGCCAGGAGAGCGCGACGACGGUCUGGGAGAUGGCGAGUGCCAAGUUCACCGGCGCCAUGAAUGACGCCGCCGGUAAUGCAACCAGUGGAAGAGCCGACGAGCUCCUCGGCGGGCUGCUGGCGCCGGGCAUGCGCCGCCGGUCGUGCUGGAGCCGGUACGAGACGUGGCGGUACUACAAGCACUUCCCCUACGCGCCGUCGCCGCACCUCCUGCGCAAGCUCCGCGCCUACGAGGCACGCCACAGGCGGUGCGCCCCCGGCACGCCGCUCUACGCCAGGUCCGUCGAGCAGCUCCGGUCCGGCCGCAGCGCCGACGAGGCCAUGGAGUGCAACUACAUAGUCUGGCUCCCCUUCGACGGCCUCGGCAACCGCAUGCUGUCCAUGGUCAGCGGCUUCCUCUACGCGCUCCUCACCGACCGCGUCUUCCUCGUCGCCCUGCCGCCGGACUCCGCCGACCUCUUCUGCGAGCCCUUCCCGGGCACGACGUGGCUGCUCCCGCUGGAGGACUUCCCCGUCGCCAACCUUUUCGGGCUCGGGCACAACCCGGAGCAGUCGUACACGCGCCUCCUCAGCAGGAAGAAGAUCGUCGUCGACAGCGACCCGGUGAAUAACGCGACGGCGCCGCCCGUGCCGGCGUACGUGUACCUGAGCCUGGGGUACCAGCUGACAGAUAGGAUCUUCUUCUGCGGCGAGCACCAGCUCGCGCUCGGCAAGGUGAAGUGGCUGCUGCUGUACAGCGACCUCUACUUCGUGCCGUCGCUGUACCCGAUCGCCGGGUUCCGGGACGAGCUCCGGCGGCUGUUCCCGGCCAGGGAGAGCGCGUCCCACCUCCUGCUCCGGUACCUGCUCCACCCGACCAACCCCGUGUGGGGCCUGGUCACCAGGUACUACCACGCGUACCUGGCUCCGGCGACGCGGAGGAUCGGCGUGCAGGUCCGGAUGUUCGGCUUCGCCUCCGUCCCCGUCGACGACAUGUACAACCAGAUCCUUGCGUGCUCCCGGCAGGAGCGCGUCCUCCCAGAAAUCGACGACGAUGGCGGCGCGGCGGCAGGCACCGGCAGCAAGACCUCCACGGCGAUCCUGAUCGCGUCGCUGUACCCCGACUACUACGAGCGGCUGAGGGCGAGGUACUACGAGCACGCGGCGGCCAAGGGCGGCGCGUGGGUGGGCGUGUUCCAGCCGACGCACGAGGAGCGGCAGGCGACGGAGAACCUGGCGCACAACCAGAGGGCGCUGGCGGAGAUCUACCUGCUGAGCUUCUCCGAGGAGCUGCUCACCUCCGGGCUGUCCACGUUCGGGUACGUGAGCAGCAGCCUCGCCGGCGUGCGGCCGGUGAUCCUGCUCACCGCGUUCGACCACAAUGUCCCCGCGACGCCGUGCCGGCAGGCCGUGUCCAUGGAGCCGUGCAACCUCACGCCGCCCCGGGACGUGGAGUGCCGGCGGGGCGGGGCCGUCGACGGGGACGACGUGGCCCGCCACGUCAGGGUCUGUGAGGACUUUCACAACGGGGUAAAGUUGUUUGACUAGGUUGCAGCGUCGUUGACUUUUCUUGGUCGUUGCUGCUUAGGCUGGUCUUAGGAGUUUUAUGGUAUUAUUAAAACACAUGCCACAUCAUCAUUUUUGUUGAGUUGGCGAAGUAAUUAGGAGAGGAGAGGUGAAAAGUGUUUUAUGGUGAUGAAAUGUUGUUGGUCCAGUUACCAAGUCGCACGACACGGAACGAAACUCCCAUUCAGAUCAAAUUCGUUUAGAUCAUUUUUUUUAAAAGAUCGUUUAGAUCAUUUAAACUUGUAGCCUCCUUUCUUGCCCAGCAACAAUUGAGGGUACUCCGGUACUGUAAAUUUGUUCACAUUUAGGUAUCAUUACAUCUACUUCUAUUUAGAUCAUU